AUGCGCAGGUUUAGCGGUGGCGCCCUCAGUGGUCGUGCCAUUCAACAUGGCGAUGCGGUGUACGUGUUUCCGGGUGUGUGUGAUGUCCUGGCCAGUCGACCCAUGUGCGCCGGCAACGAGACCCUGGGAGUCAUGGCGGUGUCUUGGCCGUCGAUCCUGCAGUCCUUCGGCGGCAGCGUGGACGUGCUGUCCAAAGACACCCAGACUCUGCAGUUGGUCGUGCUGGACGAGAAUCUCUUUCCCAUCGACGUGAGCAACACCACGAGCUACUUCGAGAUCAUUGUGCCUAGGAAGUCCGGCAGCGAUAACGGAACGGGUUUGCCGGAGCCCACAGAGUUCGCACCUCAAGUGAAAUGGAACGAGGAGAUGGUGUACCACCAGUUUGUGGUACCCAAGCCGGAUUCGGCGGUCAACAUUGAGAUCACUCCGCACGACCCGAGUGCCCAGUUCCUCGUCUACAUCCGCCACAGGGUCAAGCCCCAGCUGAACGCCUACGACCUCAUGGUCAACCUCUCAACUAUCCGAAGCACCAACGUGGUUCAAUAUGGCUAUUUUUGA